CCCCGCCCAGCUUCACCCCAAAUACACGACCCAAUCCCCUCUCCUUUUCAGAUUUCAUUCGCGCACACACGUACGGACUGAUUCACUCUCUCAUCGAUAUCACUCUCACAUCGAUUCCCAUACUGAGAUUCGAAAAAACCAAAAAACAAAAACAGGAGCAGCGGAGAGUGAGCAUUUUUUCAGUUCUGGAAAUUCAAAAUUGUAGUGAAAAGAAAUUUCGAACCUGUUUCGAUUUACCGAUUUACUCUGUAAUUUCUGGGUUAUCAAGGAGUGAUUUGGUGUUGAAUUGCUGUGAUUUCGAUUGAGGUAGCAGUGGAACUUCAUCCCGUUUUCUUCUUAGCCUUUAUUUGGCAUUUUUAGAGUGAUUCCUGCGCAAUCAGUUCGGAGCGACCACUAUUGGCCGAGCUUCAGUUGCUAAGAAGGCAGGAAGAUAAUGUUCAGAUCAUUCCUUCUAAAGGCUGUCUAUAAAAAACUUAGUUAUCAUCCAGCUGUCACUAAACAGCAUUGUCGUCAUCCUUUCCAGUUCCAUCUAGAGAGGGGAAUGCACAGCAGAAAUAAGAAGGCGAUGGAGUACAUAGCUAGGGGGUGGAAUGCUCUGCAGGAAGUUGAUAGAGUAAUUGAUUAUUGUGAGCUUAAUGACAAACGUCUCAUUCCUUCACUUAGGACAGCAAAGGAGAAUUUUGAGUUGGCUCUGGAAGCAGACAACUCAAAUACCCAUGCAAGAUAUUGGCUUUCAAAACUGCAUCUCAAGUACCAUGUCCCUGGGGCGUGUAAAGCUGUUGGGGCUGCUUUGUUAGUGGAAGCUGCAGAGAUGGGUGAUCCAGAUGCUCAAUUUGAAUUAGGUUGUCGUCUAAGAGUUGAGAACGAGUAUGUGCAAUCAGAUCAGCAAGCAUUUUACUACUUGGAGAAAGCUGUUGACCAGUUGCAUCCAGGUGCACUUUACCUCUUAGGUGCUGUGUAUCUUACUGGGGAUUGCAUGAAAAAGGAUGUUGGCUCUGCAUUGUGGUGUUUCCAUAGAGCAUCCGAGAAGGGUCAUGCUGGAGCAGCUAUAGCUUAUGGAUCCCUUCUACUCCAAGGUGUGGAACUUCCAGAAUCAAUUACGAAAUUUUUAGUGAAGAGGGGGUCCUCAAGCAGAAUAUCGAGGAGGAAUGGAGUUGAUCUUGAGCUUAAUCCGAUUGAGCUGGCCAGAGAACAAUUUGAAAUUGCUGCAAAAGCAGGAUCUGACCUUGGAUUUAGAUGGUUAAAAAGACUUGAGGAGGAAGAGAAACGUCUGCUGUCUUCCUAGUUCACAAUAUCGGAGACUAUAAGAGUUUUGAUUGAUUAAUGUACCUACAAGGAUUGAGAUUGUGCUGGGAAAGAGUGGCAAAUUCAAUGAGUUGAUGGCUGCUGCAGCGGAGAGGGACCUUGGAAAUGACAAGGAACAGAGUUAAGAGCAAGCUGCUUUUUCAUUGUUUGUUUGUUGUAUGGCCUUGAUUAGGAAAAAUUGAAAUUUUGUAGUCAGAUUUUUGGUGCAAUAAAUGAAAAGAGUAUUUGUUAGAAUUUAUUAGGAGUAUACUCUUAUCUGCUAGGGAAGUUUUGUUGCUUAACAUCUUUAACCGUUUUGCCGAAUGUAUAUAGCUUGAUCAUGGCGUGCUGGAAAGAGAACAAGAGAAGAUUGAUUGUUUCCUUAUACUCUUAAAUAUAUAUUGAGGCUUCUAUUUUUGUUCA